CGGCAGUCGGCAAACGAACAAGGAAAGUGUGUUACAGUUUGUGAGUUUGACAUUUGCCGUUGUAGUGUUCGCUUGUUGUAAUCGCGGUGUAUUUGUUCCUCUAGUUUCACUAAGCAGUUUUAGUGUAAUUAUUUCUUUAUUUCCGAAUUAAUUCUUUCGAAUUAUCGCUAAAAUGGCAGACGUAGCUCCUGAAGUCAAAGAAACCGUCGUCGAAAAACCCGAAGUUGCUGAAACCGAGAAACCAGUCGAAGAAUCGGAUAAAAGCGAAAAAACCGAAAAGAACGGAGAUGCCGAAGAAACCGAAAGCAAACCAGAAAACGGAGUUGAAGACAAAUGCGCAUUGAAGAAUGGCAGUGUCAAACAAAACGGUUUUGCUGCUGAAAAAGAAGAAACAGAAUCUAAUGAAACCGCAGAAAGUAAUGAAGUAUGCGGUAUCAAAAGGAAAUCAGUAGGUUCAGAAGCUGGUGCUGAAGCCGAAGUAGAAUCAUCGGAAAAGAAACAGAAAUUAGAAGGCUCAGCGGAGCCGGAUGUCGCCGCUAACGGCGAUGCGGUCGAAGCGAAAGCUUAAUGUGUAAAUUUAAAGUAAAUACAUAAAAAUGACAUUUACUUCUGAAACGUUAUGAACGAAAACUAUGUGUAUUUAUUAUUUAAGUUUGGGUACCUAUUAUUUAUUUUAAGUUUUCCUUUUUUAAUUUUACAUGUGAUUUUAUGAUUUUUUUUUAAUUUUGAUUAGGUACUUUUUUCUUUUUUAAGUAAGGGAUUUGGCAUUUUACAGUAUUUUAUCCGUGUAUAUGUUGAAUUAGUUAUAUAUAUGAAAUCGUGACACGUAGAUUUGAUUCGAAUAUAAAUUGUUUCCUUAUUAAUGACUACGUAAUUGUUUCUCAGCUAUCUGUGUUCAUAUAUAUGAUUAUCUCGUACUUCCACUAAUGCAUUUCUCCCUAAUCGACUCCAGUGUUUUUUAGUAACAUUCAUUUCGGACCCUUUUAAUAUCGGUUAAAAGAAGACUUGGUAAUUUUUGUAAUCAAAACAGUAUUUGAAUCAGUGUAGUUUUUUUUUGUACGUUAUUUUAAUUUCAUAUCAUACUAGAAAUUAUCGAAAAAUUUCAAUUCCCUAUUCAAGUUGACUAUUUUCUUUUCAUUCAAUGGUCACCGCGCUUAACUUUUAAGGUAUCGAAUCUUACAAUAAUAAUACAUUCGCAUGUGUAAUUUUGAUCUUGGAUGUAGAUAAGAUCUUUAAAUUUAUCCGGUUCAAAAUUUACUGAAACGUUUCUUAGGUUUUUGCCAAAUUUCCUGAAUAAUUUUAUGAUUUUUUUUUCCUGAUGUACGAAUAUAGAUUAAAUGUUCUGUUGAUAGUACCCUAUUUUGUAGUAUGAAAAAUGGCCAUAGUUUACGAUUUGUCCCCCCGUGAAAAUUUUCUCAGUUAUUCGAAUGUGUUUAUUCCUAUUGUAAAAUUUACAUGUUGAUUUUUCAUGACUGGAUUGUACUAUCAAUAAAGUGGUCUCGUUUGAAUAUUUCUGAAUCUUUACAUUGCAACUGUAGUACAAAUUUACGAAACACAAUUACAUAUGAAAAUUUUCAUUUGUUGUUACAUUUAAGCGUUUAAUAUUUAAAUAUAAGCAAUAAUGAGUAGAA